AUGUGUCGGAAAAAUUUGGCUGGCGUAGACCUCGCUAUACAAAUACCCCAUGAAGUGUCAAAUCGUACCGAAGAAGGAAGGCCACAUUUUGCCCUCGCCUGCCAAGCGCCGACGACCAAUCGCAGCGUUAGCUACCCCGACGAGUGGAUAAUUAGUGUCAGAGAGAAUGUGUUUGUUUUGGCGUUAGGUUAUGGCGCCGGAGCAGGCAAUGUUCUGGCAUCGGUUUCAUCGGAUGGCAGAGUGGCAAUCGAUUCGCAAUGA